AUGACCGUUGAACCGUGCCUCGCUCCAAUUGUUCCACCCGAAAUAUUCAUAAAUAUUUGUCAAGACUUACCUCCUGCUGACUUGCUUUCUCUCGCUCGUGUUUGUAAAAAAUUCUAUGGAUACCUUAGUUCAACUUAUUCGACCACUACUCAAGAAAUUUGGAGAAAUUCAAGAAUAAAAUUCAUUCCACAAAUCGAAAUGUCUCCACCUGAAGGAAUGGAUGAAAGACAAUACGCAAAAUUAUUAUUUGAACGCGGAUGUCAAUUUUGUGGAAAAUCCAGAGUAAGAAGAGUUUAUUGGGCUUUUCUAGUAAGAUGUUAUCAAAUCCGUCGUGAUCUUCUUUCUCAAAAUUCAAUUCCUGAUGAUAUCCUUAGUGGUCUUACUCACACUACCAGUUAUUAUAAAUGGGGUUGGGAUCGCAGUCCAAAAAAUCGUCCUGCCAACCUCUAUUGGAUUGAAGAUGUUCACAAGUCAUAUUCUGAAUACAUCCAACUUCCUAUCGAAGCUCGAAAAGCUUGGCUCAUUUCAAAACGUAAGGAAGGUCAUCGAAAAAUGGAGGAUGUUGCAAAACGUGAGAUUGAACACGAAAACGCGUAUUGGUCAAAAACCGAGAGUAACGAGAAAAAGCGAGAGGAAAGAGCUUCAUCGAUUGAAAAUUUAAUUAGAAAAGAUAAAAAUGAAUAUGGAUUUCCAAGAUUUAAAAUGACUGUUGUGGAACAAUGUAUGGUUUAUAAUAAGGCGAUGAUGUCUUCGUCAACACACCCUUUUACUGAACGUGCUUGGAUUGGAUUUAGAAACAAGCUAAUUACCGAGCAUGAUAAAAUCGUAUCAGCUCAUCGAGUUCAACGACAAGCAAGUGAAAGACGUCUUAGUUAUUAUGAAGCUUUACAAACUAGACAAAUGGAUGUUGUUAAAAUAUGUUUUGAAUUAUUACGUCCAGAAACUGAAAUUAGAAAUAUUUAUUCUAAUGGAAAUAACAACAAUAACAACACUCAAUCGUCAUCUACAAGUUCAACCCCAAAUUCAACCUCUCAGUCUCAAUCGAUAUUUGAAUCUGAAUUAAUAAAAUUUCUUCCGUGGUGUCAUUCCUUUCGAAAACCUCCAUUUAUGAAUAAUAAUCCAUCAACACUUUGGGAUGACCAAUUUCUUAUGGGAACAUAUAUCCCACUACUUCGAGCAGAAGCUUUGCAUUUAAAAAAUAAUUCCGAUUAUUUGACAACGAUCAGUAAGGCAGUUCUUAAUAAUGGACUUAGUAAUAAAAGAAUUUUCAGAUGUAAAUUUUGUCAUGAUCAACAAACUGAAAUUAAAGAACAACUUUAUUCAUUCUUUGAAGUUAGGUUACAUUUGAUUAAGAGUACUCAUAAUGUUAGUAAUAUAGAUGAAGAUUCUAUGAUUAUUGUUGUUCCUGAAGUCUUUGAGAAUUCCGAAGAUGCUCUAUUGAUCCCUAGAAGUAAACCCGAAAUUUUCUUUGCUGUUGGAUUUAACUGUAAUCUUAUUGUCAAUUUAUAA